AGUAACAAUCUCGUGCAAAAUCGAAAGACGACCAGAUGUUCCCACAAGUAUUAGAACCAAAGACAAUCAUUAUUCGAGAGGGAGACAUUGUGCCGGACUCAAUAUGUUAACAAAAUCAGCAGCACCAUAUUUGCUAGCGUUCAUCACAUUGGCGUUUCUGCCAACAUCUACCGAUGGAUUUGGCGUUCACCCGAAGGGAUCUCUGUCGUCGCUUCUGAGCGAAAACAGCCGGGGGAUCACCAGUAGCCGACUCCAAUACCAAAACGAAGAAUCGCCAACGUCUUCCACUACGAGCACGAAAGAAAGAAUAGAAGGCAGCCAAGCGAAUACAAUCGACCAAGAAUGGGGUCUACGCGAAGACUGGGCACUCCAAGACUCUGUGCCUCGAUAUACUGUUGGAACGAAUGCAUUUACCUUUUGGACACAGCUACGACAUUCCAUCCCUGAGCUCGCUAGAUGGCCAGAAGAAGUACUCGAGAAGAAAUACAAGGAAUGGUACAGUCUAUCAAAAGAUUCUCUGCUGAUAGACUGCGGUCCCUCCCCUACCCUAUUAUCUGACUGGUGGGUAAAGUCCUCCGACGACGCGAUGAUGAUGGGAGGCUCACUUCCAAACGGAUCAAAGAUUUGGUUUCCUUUAAAAUAUGCCGGGACCCUCGGGGAUGAUCCCACGAGAAUUUCCUCUUCCGAAGGUCUCACCAAGGAUACCCUCGAUGACUUUUACAUUUCCUCGUUCAUGACAUUGCACACAUCGUCCUAUGCAGAAUCGACAGGCGGAGUCGUCUACGAUCUUGGUUUCCCCCGCUGUGAGGCAAACAAGAUCCACGGUCCUCGGACCGAUGACAAUGGCACGACGAGACCAGCGAGAAAAUUGGAGCAGAUCGAUGCGGUGCAGGACGAAUCGGUUGGCCUCGGAGUGAAACAACUGGAGAAACUGCGCGACGGCGCGGUCUCGAAGGCGACGCAAAACGUGGGGGCUAUUCUUGCUGCCUCCACGUUGUCCGCCUGUGUUGCCCUGGGAUACGCGGCGGGCCACAAUUCGUCUCCCCCCGUUUCAGCGAUGCAGAAUCGACAAGGAGCUAUGGUGACAGCUGCUGCAAAUGGCAGCAACAAAGACAAGAUUUCCUACUACACAUCAACGAGCGUGUCCCGGCUGGAACCGACCGUGAGCGAACAGCGUGCCCGGGUAGAGCUGAAGGUCGGACGAGACAAACGAAGCCUCGUCUUGAUGCAAGAGCGAUUAAAGGCAGACGAGCUAGAACUAGAGAACUUGCGAAAGGAAGAGUCACGCUUAGAGGCGAUCGAGUGGGGAUUUCAGAAAUGAGAAGCAUCGGCUCGGAGUAGAGUAGUACUGUAUAGUAAUAUGUGAAAGACAACUUGUUAUAUUUUUGAUUGGAAUGCUAAUAAAGAUCAAAGCCGUUA